AUAAGAUAUGUCAUCAGAUUCUCGACAAGACAGAAACAUUAAGUUCCUCUUUUCGUUACCUUCUCAUAAUUUAGUCAUCACAUUUACAUUUGCAUCCUUCCUGAAUCAAAGGCUGAGUAAAAUGUCUUUGGAUGUUGUCUACUCGGAUGUCGUAUUUGUGAAAAGAAACGAGGUUGGCAGUAACGAUCCAGAUCAGAGUCAAUUAGCUUUGCAAAAGACCAAACCAUGUGGUGACUUUGUUCGACUGUUACUAACGGCUCUGUGUGUUCUCCUCACGAGUGGACUGGUCGCACUCAGCUUCCAAUAUGUGUACACAGAGAAAAAGCUUCGAGAUCUUCAGCAGCUCCACUCUGCACUGAAUGAAACCUUCACAGGUAAAUACUCUUAUUACACUGAGAACAUGCAUCGCUGGCAACAAAAACUGUCCAAGGCUCUGGAUGACAGUGCGUGUCCAAAGGAUUGGGAGUAUCAUGCGGGAAAAUGUUACUACUUCUCCUCAAACAGCCUGGACUGGACUAAGAGUCGAGAUACCUGUAUCUCAGAUGGCGGUCAUCUGGUGAUCAUAAACCUCAAAGAUGAACAGGAGUUCCUGAUGAGCAUUAUAACAAUGAAACAUAAAGAGCAGUUCUGGAUUGGCCUGACAGACAAGAAGAAAGAGGGUCAAUGGCUAUGGGUAGACAACUCAGAACUUAGUCUAAGGUACUGGUUUGAAAAUGAACCAGAUAACUGGAGAGUAGAGUACAACACGGGAGAGGACUGUGUUAUCAUCAGACAAGCUGGUCUUAAUAGCUGGUCUGAUGCAGCCUGCAGUAAAUCAUUCAGAAGAAUAUGUGAGACCAGAUCCUCCAGGCAAACAUAA